UGCGUGCUGAGUAGACAGCUGAUAGCUCCUUAUGCUACUCUGAUGCUACAGGGCUAAAUACAAAAGCCACGGAACACUGAGCGCGGACCAAAGGGACCAGCGCAGCGCCUCUACGCAAAGUCGUGCGAUGGACAGUUGUUUCGGGAGAAACUUGGAUCUGCAUUGAACCAAAACUCCCCAAACGAGUGUGUGGCUCUCAAAUUUCCACAAGCAGUGGACACUGCAGUCCCAGGGUGCAUUGCUGCGUGUUGACCCAGCAUCAUGUCCGACGCCCCAGAGACAGCGCCUCCUAGCCCCCCGGCCAUCACCAACCCUCCCCCUCCAGAAGUUACCAAUCCAAAUAAACCGGGCCGAAAGACCAACCAGCUGCAGUACAUGCAGAAUGUUGUGGUCAAGACACUGUGGAAGCACCAGUUUGCCUGGCCCUUUUAUCAGCCUGUGGAUGCCAUUAAGCUCUGCCUCGCCGAUUACCAUAAAGUGAUCAAGAAUCCCAUGGAUAUGGGCACCAUAAAGAAACGUCUGGAGAACAACUAUUACUGGAGCGCCAGUGAGGCCAUGCAGGACUUCAACACUAUGUUCACAAACUGUUAUAUCUACAACAAGCCUACAGAUGACAUCGUGCUCAUGGCCCAGGCCCUGGAGAAGAUAUUUCUGCAGAAGGUGGCUCAAAUGCCUCAGGAGGAAGUGGCUCUGCUCCCUCCAGCUCCAAAAGGGAAGAAACAGAGCAAGCAGCCAGCUGCCAAUCCAGUGAACCAGCAGCAAGCAGAGUCCUCCUCUCCCUCCCCCUCUCAGACGGCUGUAAUCUCACCCACACCCACCCCCCUACAGGCCACCCCCCCUGCCUCCGCCCCACAACCACCAGCCACCAUCAUGCCCUCCGCCCAGCCUGUUGUCAAGCAGAAGAAAGGUGUAAAGAGGAAAGCAGACACAACCACUCCCACCACUUCUGCCAUCUCAUCCAGCCGUGCAGACUCCCCCACGGGCCCUGAACCCAAAACCAAGCCCUCGCGCCGCCCUUCAGCAAAGUCCAGAGAGGAACCGGGAGCAGCAGAGGCAGUGGGCGGGGCUCCAGCACCAGGCACGGGGGCCAAGCGGGUAGGAGCAGGGAAGUUAGGGGAGCAAAUGAAACACUGCGACGCCAUUUUGAAAGAGAUGCUGUCGAAGAAACAUGCGGCUUACGCAUGGCCCUUCUACAAACCUGUGGACGCAGAGGCACUGGAGCUGCACGACUAUCAUGACAUCAUCAAGCACCCCAUGGACCUCAGCACGGUCCGGAAAAAGAUGGACAAAAGUGAGUACAGCGACCCACAGAGUUUUGCUACAGAUGUGAGAUUAAUGUUUUCCAACUGCUACAAAUACAACCCUCCAGACCACGAGGUGGUGGCCAUGGCCCGCAAACUCCAGGAUGUAUUCGAGAUGCGUUUCGCUAAGAUCCCAGAUGAGGGCCUGGAGGCAUCUGUCCCCUCCACGACUCCAGUGGUCAGUAAAUCCACCGCCUCCUCCGACAGCAGCAACAACUCCUCCUCCGACGAAUCCUCUGACUCUGAGGAGGAGCGAGCCACGCGAUUGGCCGAGCUCCAGGAGCAGGUGGGUGAACCGGCCAAUCGCAGAGGGGCCAAUCACAGACCAUCCAAUCACAGGCUGAAGGCGGUACAUGAGCAGUUGGCAGUGCUCUCACAGGCGCCUGUCUCCAAACCAAAGAAGAAGAAAGAGAAGAAGGAUAAGGAGAAGAAGAAAGACAAAGGGAACAAGGCCAAACUCGAGGAGGAGAAGAAGAAACCUGUGGCGGCCGCUCAGCCCAAACCGGCCAAUCAGAAGAAAGCUCCAGCCAGAAAGGCCAACAGCACAGUCACCGCCACAAGACAACCCAAAAAGGGCGGCAAAUCUGGCUCGGCGAAUGGAGAGGAGGGAGAGGAGUCUUCUCUGCCCAUGACGUAUGACGAGAAGCGGCAGCUGAGUCUGGACAUAAACCGUUUACCCGGAGAGAAGCUGGGCCGCGUGGUGCACAUCAUUCAGUCCAGAGAGCCAUCGCUGCGAGACUCCAACCCCGAUGAGAUCGAGAUAGACUUCGAGACGCUCAAACCCUCCACGCUCCGAGAGCUCGAGAGAUACGUCAAGUCCUGCCUGCAGAAGAAGCAGAGGAAACUCAUGCAGAAAGCAGCUGGCGGCGGAGCUUCGGGUGCAGGGGGCGGGGCCAGUAGGUUGAGUGGCAGCUCAUCCUCUUCCUCCGAUGACAGCUCAUCCACGGGAAGCUCCUCCUCCUCUGACACAGACUGAACAGACUCUGUACAUAUGCCCCAUUUUUAGAGUAGUGUUCUCUCCCACCUCGGACUCAGACCCCCGAACACACCACAUUCCACUGACGACAGCAGGCGCCGCAAUCCCCCACGCUCCUGAACGCAACACAGCAGGAGCACCACGCCAUGGCCCUCACUAUGGAAAUAUGAAGAAAACUGGAUUCUAUCUGCUAAGUCAUGGAGUAUAUCAGACCAUAAUAAACCUAAACAGGGCUGAACCAGGGCUGGGCGAUUCACCAACUCUUUUUAUUGUGUAGAUUUUAUAUUUUGACCUUUAUGACCCUUUAUUUGACAGGACGGUACUGCAGGAAACGGGAAGAGACAACAGGCAAACUGUUGAGUAGUGUAUGGUGAGUUUGUACUGUGACUUCACAAAUUUAAAACAAUACAUGUAAAAUCAAACCUUUUGUAUAUGGCUGCAUAUGGAAAAACCUCUCAAUGUUUGUCAGGUUUAACAUUAUUGUAACAUUACUGCUUUUAUGUGAUUUUGCCCCAUGUCUCCCUGAUCACACAUUGGACUGUCCUAUUUUGUAUCGCUCAGCCCUUCAGAGCCCAGCACACCAAUGGAAAUUCAAUUUAAUAUUUGGUUCAGGCUGUGAUUGGUUCAAUAUUGGGGGGCUCUUUUUGACAAGCUCAAACCUUAAACAGACUAAAGAUGAAUCACAACAUCUCAACUAGCAUGUAUGGAAUCACUCUGACAAACUAUAGUUUUUCAAGGUGUUUUUAGGAAGUAAAAAAUAUUCUUCAAGAGGGGGUAUUAUACUAAAUCGACUUUUUGGUGCUUUCUACCAUGUGAUAAUGUUCCAUGCCUGAAGUGUUUUUUCUGUGGUUUUCUUUAGUUUAGCACCUUUUGUAAAAGGCUCUGCCCACAAGUCUAUGUAACCAGGAAGCAAAGAGACAGGGCUUCAAAACUGAAACGUAACUUUUUAAUACAUUGUUGGUUUGAAAAUUCUCCAUUGGCCAAAAACAAAUGGCAAUAUGGUGAUCUAAAUAUAUUGGCAUGUGUGCAAUUAAUACCCCCUCUAUAUUGAAAUGCGAUUGCAUUGAAGAUUUCAAAUCAAACAUUUGACUGCCAUCUCAAAAAUGUAACUCUUAAGUAUCAAAGUAGUCAAGCAGGCUUUAACUUUCAAAAUGUAUCAUAACCAACUAGAAUUAAAAUGUUAUUGUGCUGUUUUAGACCAGGAAUAUGCCUCAAAUUCUCCAUUGAUGUUCUUGAGAUGUGGUGGUCCGUCUAAGCUCGGGUUUCUCUGGGCGGGGGUCAAGAGGUUGUCCCUUUUCAAUCGUCUGUAAACUGAAAAUAAGACAAAAGUGUUUUUUCUUUUGUAAACUACACUACAUGAGUUCUCUGCUGUGUGCUGUGUGUCCUCGUGCCGCUGUCUAAAUGUCCCCUUCACAUCUUCCUCCGAAGUUCUACCAACUGUGGCAAAGUUUACGAGUUAGAAUGUCCAAAUGAAACCAGCGUCUUUAUCCAGUUAUAUUUACACAACUAAAUGCAAAAAGCGAACUGUUUAAGGGGCCCAUAUUAUGCUAUUUUCUGAUUGUUUCCUCAUCACAAACAUACCUGAAUUUUUUUUGUUUUGUGUUUUAUUCAGACGUUAAACCCUGUAUGUUCUGUUCCACCUUGUAAUGUCAUGUGGUAAUACAGGAUGUAUUCCACUGUGUUUUUAAAAUCCAUACACCUUCACUAGAAUAAUUUGGAUAAUUUCAGACCUGGAAUUGCCCAUUUCUAUUGAACUAAAGGUAAAAGGAAGCUGUUAACUUGAACAACAACUUGCAUGACAUCACAAGGUGAAACACACCAUUUUAAGCUUUGGAGAUGCAGACAGAUUAAUACUUAAUGUGUAAAUGAAACACAGCUCCAGGUAUGUUUUUGAUGAGGUAACAACAUGGCUUAAAUCUCACAAGACACAAUUUUGCGUAAUAUAGGACUUUUAACAAACAAUCAAUUUCAGAUUCUGGAGAAAUUUCUAGACUUUUUAUUUUAUUUUUUUUGAAUAAGCUUGUGCAUGGAAGUUAAGCAGCAAUGUGGUGUGGAGCUAUUGGUGGCAGAGUGGUUUUCGUAGUCGAUCACUCUGCCAAAAAAUCAACGGUGGAUGAGUUCGAUAAAGUGAGAAUUGUUUCUAUAUUAUUGGCCUUUUUGAAGAACUUUAGAUUUUUAAACAAAUUUUAUCUUAAUCAUGUUUUUACAUUAUUUAUAUCUCAAAGUUGUAAUAAGUAGGGUUUGAGAGGGGACAGACUUUCCCCCUUCUAUAGAGUCAGUUUGUCAAAUGGUUUGUUUGAGUAACAUGAGUUUUGCUUAUUAUAGCUUUACAUUUUUAUAUUUUUAAAGAUAAUUUUUUUAUCAUGAAUUUUUUGGACAUCACAUCAUGCCUAAUUUCUUGGUUCAGGUUUCAGAAUAAUGAAGACAUUUUGUACUUAAUUUUAUUUCAAAACCUAAAUUAAAAUUUUUCUCUUAACUUGCGCUUAAGGCUUUUCUAAGUUAGUUUUUGCUUUAGAUUUUCUGCAACAAUUUGAGUAGAAUUUGGUAGAAUUUGCCCAUACACUGUCAAAAUACAAAUGUUGGACCUGAUUUACGGUUAAUAUGUCUGUACCAGUUUUUGUUUCAUGUGCAUAGGCCCAGGGAUCAAAGUUGAAUGUCUUCUGUCAGCAACAAGGCAAAUAUUUUUCACUAUUGUAUCAGAAUUUCUGUUCUUAGCCCAUUAAUAGAAGUUUGUGAACUCAAUCCCUAACAAAAAAUAUCUGGUUUAAUACAAUUGCAAUUUCUGUUUCUGAAAUUUUGACUGAAUUCUAGAGGGUAAAAUCAGCCUAUUUUGGUCCUAAAUACUGAUUUCUAAAAAUGUGACGCUGGUUUCUUGAGGACACUUGUUUUAAAAAUCGGUUAAAACCAGAAUGACAAAUGAACAGCGCGUCAGUUUUCCUCCUUUUUUAUUUUUUUAGUUGAGGUCGAUGCAUAAUAAUAGAUAAUGUUUUUUGUAUUUUAAUAAGAAAAUGAAAAAAGUGAGUUUAUGUACUGCAUGCACUGCGGCCGUUCGUUCUUUCCGAUGUUUGAGCACUGUAUAGUAGCUGUAAGUAGAGACAAAAAUGGACUCAGAGCGACGCCGCGUCCACAAAUAUACAUUUUCCAAAAAAUUUCAAGUUUACCGAAAAUUGAUUUUUGGUUUAGAUUAGGGAUGUCACAAUUUGAAAUUUUAGUGUUUACAAUUAUGAAAUGGAUUUGAUUUUAUUCACUGAUAACCACACCUAUAUUAUGUGAUCAACUUCAUCAAACUAACUUGCGCUGUUAACAUUUCUGCUUUUCUUUGACAGUGACGUGAAAUGUAAAUAUGUUGGUUAAUUAACUUCAACUCAAAAAUAGUCCUUCAAAAAUAUACAAUUGUUCUCUGUCAAAUGAAUUUAUUAUGACAUCCCUAGUUUAGAUCCACAAAAACAUGUCGAUGGGAAGUGGUUUAAAAUGGAAGCAACCCGCAGGUGUGAAUGGCGUGGACGUGGCCAGAGCUGCAAACUCUGACUAGAUUGAUGUAAAAUUACUGAUGGAUUAUUUUCUGAGUUCCUUUGUUUUCAUAAAUAAACUCAUAAACAAGAACAAAAA